AUGACCCAAGAAUACGCCAAGGACAAGCCCCAGGGCUUCACAAACCGCAUUGUAAAAGUGGCCGUUGUCGGAGCUGGCGGCCAAGUCGGAAAGCACGUAACAGAGCACCUGCUCAGGACAGGAAAGCACACCGUGACGGCGAUCACCCGGCCGAACAGCACCAACAAGCUCCCAGAGGGUGUCCAGAUCGUACGCGUCGACUAUAGCGGCGAUGAUGACUCGGCGCUGGUGGAAGCUCUGCGCGGGCAGCAAGUGUUGAUCAUCACGAUGGCAGUGCUGGCGCCCAGAGACACAACCAAGAAGCUAGUGCGCGCCGCCGCGAAGGCCGGGGUGCCCUAUAUCCAACCGAACUGGUUCGGCCACGACUCGCAGAACCCGAAACUCCUGGAAGACACCCUUUUCAGCCAUCAAGACACCUGCGCCGAGAUCGAGAGACUUGGUGUGAGCUCGUACUUGCUCCUGAACUGCAGUUUCUGGUACGAGUUCAGCUUGGGAGGCGGUCCCGAUCGAUUUGGGUUCGAUUUCCAGAACCGGUCGCUGAUCCUGUUCGAUGAUGGAAAUGCCCCCAUGAAUACGAGCACUUGGCCUCAGUGCGGCCGAGCGUUGGCCAGCUUGUUGAGUCUGAAGGAAGUCCCGGACGACGAGACGGAUAAGUCGCCUACGCUGUCCCAAUUCCGGAACGGUCCCGUCUAUAUCUCGAGCUUCCGACUCAGCCAGCGCGACAUGUUUGAGAGCGUCAAGCGUGUGACCGGCACUACGGAUGCCGACUGGACCAUUACGCACGAGUCGUCCGAGGAGCGAUGGAAGGAGGGUCACGCUGCGGUGAUGCAGGGUAACUUUAUGGCCGGGUUUGCAAAGCAGUUGUACAGUCGGAUGUUCUUCCCCAAUGGCGAUGCUGAUCUGGAAUCUAAGUACGAGCUGCAAAACAAGGUCCUUGGAUUACCGGUUGAGGAUCUGGACGAGUAUACUGCGAUCGGGGUUCGCAUGGGAGAGAACCAGGAGUUGCCUUAUUGA